AAGAUCGGAGCGGCGUGUGAGGCUGGAGUUUGUUCCUGUUAUCUUGGUGUUCUUGACUGGGAAUUAGUCGAAGUGAAGAAGCAGUGGGAGGAUGUUUGCAAUAAAAUUGGUGGCGUGGCUGCUGGUGCUGCCUGUUUGUGGUGCAGCAUCAUAUCGAAGCUUUAUUGGCAAAGAAACCAACAGCAGCAACGGUGACCCUGGUUUUGAAGUUAAUGAGUUUGCUGCAUCUGUACUAACCAGUGGGUUGACUACUGUCUUCUUGCCUUUGGUUUACAUUAUUGUGUUUAUCAUUGGCUUGCCUUCAAAUGCUAUGGCACUGUGGGUAUUCGUCUAUCGAACCAAAAUGAAACACCCAGCAGCUAUCUACAUGGCCAAUUUGGCAUUGGCAGAUCUCCUGUUCAUCAUUUGGUUCCCUUUGAAAAUUUCUUACCAUAUUAAUGGCAACAAUUGGAUUUUUGGAGAAGGACUGUGUAAGAUGCUAGUGGUUUUUUUCUAUGGAAACAUGUACUGUUCAAUUUUAUUCAUGACUUGCCUCAGUGUUCAACGAUACUGGGUUGUUGUAAAUCCAAUAUCUCAAACAAGACAAAAUACUUGUAUUGCCUAUUCUGUAUCCAUUUUCAUUUGGAUAAUGAUUGCAUUGGGCACUAUGCCAUUAUAUUUAAAUAUUCAGCAAACUGCAAACAUUACUAACCUUGAUAUAAUAACCUGUCAUGAUGUCAUGCGUGAAGAACAGUUGGCUUCCAGCAUGUUUGAUUACUUUCUCUCUUUGGCAAUUGGUGUGUACUUCUUUCCAGCAUUGCUGACAUUAACUACAUAUGUGCUGAUGAUCAAAACAUUGAAAGCCUCUCCCAAUGAAGAUAGCAUUGGGAAAAGCCGCAGGAGAGCAAUUGAAUUGAUUAUAACUGUUCUUACAAUGUAUUUAGUUUGCUUCACUCCUAGCAACAUUGCACUUCUUGUUCACUAUUCUCUGAUAAAGUACAAAGGGGACAGCAAUGUUUAUGCUUUCUAUAUUGUAAGUCUUUGUCUUGCUAGCAUAAAUAGUUGCAUUGAUCCCUUUGUUUAUUACUUUGUUUCCAAAGAUUUCCGAGACCAUGUUCAAAAUACUUUGCGAUGUCGUAGUGUUAGGACAGUGAGAAGUAUCCAGGCUUCCUUUGCCUCUAAGAAGCAUUCCAAUAGAUCUGCUUCUUAUACUUCUGCCAGUAAAAUUACCACUACAACCACAAGCAACUGUUGAAUGUUAGUGUGAAGGCAUAGUUUUGAUUUGACAUUUCAAUUGCAGGUACAGCAUGUACUAUACAGUUUUCAUAAUUAACUGAUUUGGUAUUCAAAGCUCAAAUGCAUGAAGUAUUAAGCAAUUUUGGGUGGUCUUAACUGAAGCUAUAUUAUCAAUUUCCUGCUUUUGAUUGCAUAGCUUUGUACAAAAAACCAACAGCUGAGUCACCUUUUGAAUAAAUUUGGCCAUUUUGUCCAAGUAUUGUUUUGAUAGCUAUUGUAUCUUGCAGUAUUUGUUUCUGCACAAAAGCAUUAUCUAUGAAUUGCACAAUAAUUGCUGAACUAGACAAGUUGCUGACUGUCAUUUGCUGAGAAUAUGGAAUCAAAGCAAUCUUGCUUUUUUAUUUUGUCAAUUUAUAUAUACAUAUUUUGUCAAGUUAUAUAUACAUAUUUUGAAUUCUGGAUUUUUUUAUAUUUGGUGUUUGACUAGAACACAUUUUUAGUUUUCAAUUUAAAAAAAAAACUUGCACAUAACUGCCAAAGGCUUAUACUGUGACUUGUUUUAAGAUUGAAUGUAUUGUUCAUAAUUGGUACAGUAACUGUGAAUCUUUCUGUAACUUGAAGAAAAAUAGCUGGAACUAGAGGAAAGGGAGCAUGGGAUGUUUAAUAGCUAGUGUUAAGAAAAUUGUUCAGUAAAUUGUUUUGAAAUUCUGUUUUCAAUAGUGAUACAUUUGUUUUGAAUAAAUAUUUUUUAGAAAACUAA